AUGCAAAUGAAGGGGCGGGGCCUGUAUGUUGAUGAACUGGGCUCGCUGCCGACGCGGCUGGGAGCACAGCGGUCCCGCAGCGGUAAUGGGGGGCCAGUGGGCGGAGGGUUUAUGAACCCUCCGGGGGGUGGACCCAAGUCACGAGCUGCACUGGUCCCCCGACCCCCAGCACCCGCUGGGGCCCUUCGAGAGAGCACCGGCCGAAGCACUGGCAUGAAAUACAGGAACCUUGGAAAGUCUGGUCUCCGGGUGUCCUGUCUUGGCCUUGGUACCUGGGUCACAUUUGGCUCUCAGAUCUCAGAUGAGACAGCAGAAGAUGUGCUGACAGUAGCCUAUGAGCAUGGUGUAAACCUGUUUGACACUGCUGAAGUGUACGCCACAGGAAAGGCUGAAAGAACCCUAGGCAACAUCCUCAAGAGCAAAGGUUGGAGGAGAUCCAGCUAUGUUAUUACCACUAAGAUUUUUUGGGGAGGACAGGCAGAAACUGAGCGAGGCUUGAGCCGCAAACACAUCAUUGAAGGCUUGCAAGGAUCCCUGGACCGCCUUCAACUGGAAUAUGUUGACAUAGUCUUUGCCAAUCGCUCAGACCCUAACAGUCCUAUGGAGGAAAUUGUGAGAGCCAUGACCUAUGUCAUCAAUCAGGGCCUGGCCCUAUACUGGGGGACAUCCAGAUGGAGUGCUGCAGAGAUCAUGGAGGCCUAUUCCAUGGCCAGACAGUUCAAUCUGAUCCCUCCUGUGUGUGAGCAAGCGGAGAACCACUUCUUUCAGAGGGAGAAGGUGGAGAUGCAGCUGCCUGAGCUCUACCACAAGAUUGGUGUUGGCUCGGUUACUUGGUCUCCCCUAGCGUGUGGCCUCAUUACUAGCAAGUAUGAUGGGCGAGUUCAAGAUACUUGCAAGGCUACUGUCAAGGUGAGAUUUUGGAGGCCCAAGGAGGCAGUGCAGAGUGAGGAUGGCAAGAAGCAACAAGCCAGAGUCAUGGACCUUCUCCCCAUCGCUCACCAACUAGACUGCACUGUGGCCCAACUUGCUAUAGCCUGGUGUCUCCGAAGUGAGGGUGUCAGCUCAGUCUUGCUGGGGGUGUCCAGUGCAGAACAGCUGCUGGAACAUCUGGGAUCCCUAGAGGUGCUGAGUCAGCUGACGCCGCAAACGGUGAUGGAAAUAGAUGCGCUCUUGGGGAACAAAUCGCAUUCCAAGAAAUAGUCCUUUGGGGGCGCGGGGACCCAACGCAGAGUGAUUGCACCUGCCGGGAAACCACUUUCCAGCUACCGGCCCACUAGCUCCGAUCUCCUCCCCACCCCCAACCCUGCUCCCACGCAGCGGCAGAAUCAGGGUAGCCCCGCCCAUCAACGAGUCCCGGCUUGGAGUAGCGAUUCGCAUGAACAAAGCCAUAUCCUUUCGCCUUGGGGCUUGAGAGAGAAAGUAGAUCUCCCACCCACCCCCCUACGCCCCUGCUGUGUGUUCUACGGCUAGGCCUUAUCGCUAAUGCCGGGCAUGAGCCGUCUUCUCUCAGCCAUUUGGUCUCGCUCGUUUCUUUUCCCUAUUGCCGAAACCCAGAAAACAUCCAGCAGAUAAAAGAAAGUGUGAGAGUACCUCAAAAUUGAGCCUUGAAAUGUCAUCAAGGUUGGCAAGAACCGAAUGAGUUAUUGUGUUAUCUGGAACACAGGAGGGGCUUUGUAGUAUUUGUUCAAUAGAAGCCAGGCUGGUCCUGGCAGAAAGCAAAUGAUAAUCUUUGGGAAACCAGAAUCCUGCCUCCUGCCUGGAGGUGGAGGACUUAAAUCUAGAACUAGGUCACACUUUGUGCUUACAGAGAGGGGAUUUUAAAGGAGGGGACCACAAUGUUACCAAAGGCAGAAAGAAAUUUGGUGGGUGUAUCGCAGAAAUGACAGGGUGGCCCUUAGGAAACAAAGUGCUUUGGAGGAUUUAGUGACAGCUUUUGGGCCACCGGCAAAAACACGGAGUUGUAAAAGGUUUGGGACAAACCUGGGCUCGAACUGGACUUCUAUGUAGCAUCAGAGGACUGCAGUCUUCUUCCUGGCAAUAAACCUAAAGCAAUAAAGAUGGCCUCUCUGCUGUAAGACUUCCCAGGGAACUGUAAAUAAAAUCUCAGCUUGAUCCGCA